AUGGGAGCUGACCAGGUAAAGCCGGCGGUUUCGACUGCCUCACUGUAUUCGGACGCCUCGUCAUCCAGCAAUCCAUCCUCAACUUCCCCCGAUGGCACCACCCCUGGGGAACGCGUUCUGAAGAAGAUCGACUGGCGGUUCCUCCCGCUGUUGUUUCUAACCUAUAGCCUGAAUUUCAUGGACAAGACGCUUCUGUCUAAUGCAUCGGUUUUUGGGUUGCGCGAGGACACGCAUCUCAAAGGAGACGAAUACAGCUGGGUUUCAAGUGUCUUCUAUUUCGGCUAUCUCUUCUGGGAAUACCCAACGUCUUUUCUGAUCCAGAAACUCCCUAUUGGAAAAUAUGUAGGGAUCAACACCCUGUUCUGGGGCACCGUCGUCGCAGUGACUGCGGCAUGCACGAAUUAUGGUGGUCUUAUCACCGUCCGAUUCCUGCUGGGCGCAGCAGAGGCCACGAUCUCGCCAGCAUUCGUUCACAUAACCUCCAUGUGGUAUACUCGCGACGAAAUUCCCAUCCGUAUGGGAAUUUGGUUUGCGGGGAAUUCCUUCGGGGGCAUUUUAGGCGGUUUUAUUGCGUACGGUGUCGGUCACGUUGAGAGGCCUCUGUCGCCGUGGAUGUGGCUCUUCAUAGUUCUCGGAGUGGCAACCUUUCUCUGGGGUGUUAUCCUUUUUCGUUUCCUUCCCGACUCCAUAGAGUCGGCUGAAUUUCUCACGUCGGACGAGCGCAAAAUUGCGGAACAACGCAUCAUCAUUGCUGGAACGGGUAGUCCUAAACGUUCGUGGAAGCUCGAACAAUGCGUGGAAUGCUUUCUAGACCCGAAAACAUGGUUCUUCUUCUGCAUCUUGCUUUCGACACAGAUCGCAGUUGGGGGAACUCAGAACUUCAAAAACCUUGUCCUAGAAGGCUUUGGUUUUACGUCGUUGCAAACAACUCUGGUCUCACUUCCGUCCUCUUUGAUUUCUUGCUUGACAAUGAUUGGGACCGGCUGGCUUUCUGGCCACUAUGCAAAUAUCACUUCCCUACUUGUUUGCGGUGUUGUCGCUGUCCCACUCGCCGGAAGCGCAAUCAUCUAUGUUGGGGGGAGCCAGGGCGUCAAGCUUUUCGCCUACUAUUUAUUAUCCACAGGGCCAUCCAAUAUGCCCCUGGUUCUGUCCAUGGUCAAUGUCAAUUGUAAGGGAUCGACCAAAAAGCUCACGAUAACAGCCCUGCUGUUCAUUGCUUACUGCGCCGGGAAUAUCAUUGGCCCUCACCUCUUCCGCGCAUCUGAUGCACCCCAGUACUCUAGCUCGUUCAAGGGAGUCAUGAUUUCAUAUGCGCUGGCCAUGGUCCUUGCGCUAGGACUUCGUUAUUACCUGAUCUGGUUCAACAGACGGCUUGACAGGAAACAAGUAGUCCAGGCCGGUCAAACUAUCGUGAUCAAGGAGCAGCACAAUAGGAUUCAAUCUGUUGAAAAGCAGGUAACAAAGGAGAAUGACGAUAUGACAGACCUGAAGACUGUUGGGUUUCGAUAUCGCGUGUAG